AUGGCGGUUGUUUCUGCUAAACCGGUUUUUACCGCCGCUGCCGCAUAUACGAAUUUACCACUUACGGCUCCAGUAGCUUAUGCGACACCCGGAUUAGUUACCGCUACUAGUUCUCAAUAUUUUGCUAGAAAUUAUAACGGACUUUAUUCGUUACCUUACGUCGCCACUGCUGCUGCUGCUGCACCAGCACCACUCAUAACAUCUUCGGCUUAUUCAUACGCUCCAGCUUUUUUAUUUUGCAGCGCGAAAUUUGUAAACUAA